AUGCCUGAUGACUUAACCUUGGCCUGGCAGCGCCUACGCUCUUCGCGGGAGACGCCAACGUCCGGACUGCACACGACCCUUAACUUGGCUCAGUCCUCGCGCUCCCCCCGGAGGCUCCGGCCAACGGCUCCUCCCGAGCCGGCCGCGGACCUGGGAGACCCACGACCGCGGUUUCCAUCGAGCUUGGCUCACUUGAGAGUGGAUUUGGGGCCGCCGCGCCCUACAGCCCAAACAGUCACAUCAACGUCGCAGAAUGUUGAAGAUCAGAUGCUUGCAACCAUAAAGGAGCGCUUGGCCGCUGUCAAAGCAAAAGAAAAGUCUUUGGAGGACCAAUUUGACACUUUGUGCACCACCCAUGCGAACUUGCAGCGAGCGCUCCAAGAGGCACAAGAUCACGAGCCACAGAACGAUUUGAAAGGCGGAGAAGAGAAGGUGGAAAAUGAGAUGCUCAAGAAAGAGCGGCAACAGGCUGACGAAGAGGCAGCAUCAGCUUCCGCCGUGCAGGCUGAAGAAGAGGCAGCAUCAGCUUCCGCCUCGCAGGUGGAAAAUGAGACGCUCAAGAGGGACCUCAAGAAAGCACAGCAACAGGCUGAAGAAGAGGCAGAGAAGAAGAAGAAGAAGCUGGAGGAGCAGUUGGAAGAUGGAAAGCGACAGGCCAAAGACAAGGAGGUGGAGAAUGAAAUGCUGAAGAAAGGACUCCAGAAAGCGCAACAGCAGGUCGGUGCUGUCAAUGUGACCCUGUACAUCACCCUGAAAGACCAACCGGCCGAAAUGGCUGACACAGCUCCGAAAAAAUCAUACCCUGGAGAGUUUCGAGAAAAUGCAGCAAGAUGUGUCAUUUCGUUUCCUGGGAAAUACCCUUCUGGAUGGGAUGCCCUUGUCAAGGGACAUCAUGACAGCAGCAUUGGCUGUGUCUUUUUUACCACUCCUGGAGAACGCGGCUUCGGAGAUUUGGUCGAUCCUGGAGAAGGCGGCCUCGGAGAUCAUGUGCAAGACCCUGAGGCAGAAGAAGGCAUUUGCUAUUGCAAGGCCAUCUAUGGUGAGCGAAGUUGGGAGAAGUUUCACUACCUAAAGAAGGUGAAAAAGGAGAAUUUGAAAGAAGAACUAGAGAAAGCAAAGGUAACGAAGAUUCAUGUCGUAGAAGAAGACCUGUACAAUAGUAGCCCAGAGAAGAAGGAAGAGGCUGACAAAGAAGCCCAGCAGAAGUACGAGGAGAACAAGAGAAGAGCACCAUGGGGGUGCGCUUGGUUCCCUGCUUGGAUGAAGAAUGGCCACAAGGCAGUUGAGCAAGGGCAGAAGCUUCAGGUGGUGUUUUUCGCCGGGCAGAAGGGAAAAGGCAAGGUACAUUGGAAUGACCUGCCGGGUUCAGAGCUGUGGAACGGCGAGGGUCUCGGUGGGUCCCAGAAGGGAGAGGUCGCUUACCUGGACAAGAUGUGGCGGGAAACGAAUAAUCCUGCAUGGAUAUAUGAAGAAAUCGACGUGAUGCAAUUUUUGCAAGGCGAAUUCAAUCUUGAACAGGAGGUGGAUGCACGUGACAUGGCCAAAAACUGGCGAAGAGGACACAUAGUUGGUCUUCCUGUGGCUGGCGCAGCCGACGACAAAGAGUGGGUUCCAAAGUGGACUGUUCAAUGCAACAAAGAUCUGGAGAAAUUUGAGUCCACGUUUUUGAUGCACACAGUAGAACCCAUCGACAAGCUGCUUAAGGAGGUUGGUAAGGACAACUUGUCGAGAAUGCUGGAGCAACAUUUGCCGAAGGGUGUGGAUUUGGAUGUGAUGUUUGCAUCAAGAUGCAGGUUGGAAAAUGGACAUGCUGCUUUUGCAGUCAAUGUCCGUGUCCCGCACGUGAAGGCAAUCCACAUGCUUCGAGAUCAAGUUCUUUGCGGAGACCUUGAGGCUGAACUCAACAGAUCCCUUGCGGACAUUCAUCAGAGUGAGUUCCAAGUCCAAGUUGACAAAACCGAGUUUUUUGAACAAUAUGAGAGCAGUCUUCUAUCCUUGUCGAAGCUGACUCAUCAUCAAGAAUCAAAACUUCGGCAGCUGCACCAGCGGAAAAGCAAAGAGCUUCACUUGACAGCUCCUGCGGGGGCCGGAAAAACAUUUGUGGCGGUGCAAUUUGCGCUGGACAAAGUUUACGAGAACUGCAAAUCCGAGGGCGCAAUCCUGUACGUAGCACCCCGCCUUUCCUUGUGCUUGCAUUUUGUUCAGUGGCUCAUCGCCAGACAUCUGUGGCUGAAAGGGCGAGGAGGAGAAUUGGAGGAACUGCUGUCCAGGAUCGUAAUCAUGCACAAACGUGAUGAGGAUUAUGUCAAUGUCAAGUUGGUUCUAGAAGGCAAUCAAUUUGCUGAACACCCAGCCGCUGCUCCAGAGUAUUUGCUAGCCAUUUUUGACGAGGCUCACGAGCUCUUCACCACUGACGAGAUGACCGGAAUUUACAGGGACUUGCGGGCAAAUCAGAAGCUGCUGCUGUCCGACAUGUCUCAAUCAGCUUCUUUGCGCGUUGCACUUCCUGAAGUUGAAGACACUGUGAGUCUCAGUGACGUUGUUCGAAGUACCCAGCGAAUUGUCGCUGCUGCACAGGCCUUUGAACUGGAAAAGAGCAAGGGAAUUACCACCAGCUGCAGCGGAACGAACGGUCCACCUCUCAAAACCUUUAUUUUUGAGGCCCUCGAUGACGCAGAGAUGUUUCACCAAUGCUGCCGCUACACCCUCGACGCCAUUAGGCACGUCUUCCGCUCUUACCCCAGCUUGAGCAGCUUGCAUUUGCGGGUGGCUAUCAUAGUACCAGACAAGACAUUUUGUGACAAGUUCAAGGGACUACUUCGAGAUGAACUCACUUCUACAUUCACUGCCCGAAAGUUCCAGCUAAGAUCCUUUGCCGAGUCCUUACGUUACUUGCGUUCCCAUCACCACGACGAAAGAGCAGCAGGGGAUGAAGUGCUAGUUCUAGAUACAGUUGAGGAAGCCCGAGGGCAAGAGAUGAUGGUUGUGAUUUGUGUGGGACUUGAUCAGAAAAUAGCUGACACUGACGCACGCAAAACUGACACUCUUUUGACUCGGGCGCGGAUCUACCAGGGGAUUACAAGAGCUCAGUUGAUGGCUAUAGUUGUGGACAAGCUCAUUCAAGGUGGGUUUCUACAAUUCCUUACUACUCUCAAGUUCAACAACAAGAAGUUCGAUCAAAGUUUUGCCUUCAGCGAAGGCACCUCAAAAGCGGCAAGCAGAAUAAAGAAAAAAGCAGAGGCCCUGCCUAGCGAAGUCGUUGAGGAGAAAGAUGGCGAAGGCAUGGACACUGCUGCUAUGACUGGUUUGAGUUUGGCAGUGGUGAAGGAUGAGCUUGGUGGCAUUGAACAGCUUCUAGAAGUUUGCAUAGUGAAGGAAAAUGAUGAUGGGGCAAAUAAAUUCAUCAGCGCAGAUGGCAAAGCCCAAGGAGAAAUCGACAAGGAUGGACCUCGUGAUGAUGAUCGAUUUGAGACAUCGAUAUGGGAUACAGACAGUAAUCAGACCAAAUCGACAAGUCAGACAUUGGCUUUUGACCCGCGCAUUGACCAGGUGCUGGGGAGGAUCCUCGAAGAAUUGCCAGGAGGGGAGUCUACACCUGGUCUCGAGGCACGGAAGGAGAUUGAUCAUACCGACGGCAAAAGUCAGGAUUCAAGUUCUCAAGCUGCUGUCGCCUGA